AUGGUUGAUGAUACACUAUACAUAACACCUCAUGAAGCAGCGUUGGCAGUGGUUGCAACGUCUAUGAAAAAGGCGCGUCUAAGGCUCGACACACUUUUUGUCGACUCGGUUAUGGGCGGGGUCCUUUUCAGUACUGGUGGUCUGUUGUACGUGAUGUGCCAGUCCAUGGACCAGGGACUCAUAGAUAAUGGCUGUACGGGAAUAGUAUCUCUAUUCCAAGGUGCCGUCUAUGCCUUGGGUUUAUUUUUUGUCAUUCAAACUGGUAUGGAACUGUUCAACUCCAACGUUUUAUUCUUCACCGUGGGUGUUCUUCGGGGUGCUGUCAGUAUAGUUGAUCUUUUAAUUAGUUGGACGAUAACCUUCUGGGUGAACUAUGCUACCACCUUGUUUGUGGUCUAUGUCAUUUGCUAUUUGAGUGGAAUCUUCCAGGAGUCUGAUUAUGUUAAGGGAACAAUUCAAAUAGCCCAACAUAAGAUCGAGGCCAGCUUUAUGCAGACCUUUCUUAGGGCCGUGGCCGGUAACUUUUGUGUCUGUCUUGCGACCUACUUGCAGAUAAUGGUAAAACCUCCUCAUGUGAAGUUCCUCCUUAUAUUUAUGCCGAUAUUUACUUUCGUAGCCAUGGGAUUCACCCACGUGGUGGCAGACAUGUUUCUAGUUCCAUCUGGAAUUUUCAACGACUGUGGUUUUGGCUUUGGACGAUAUACAUGGAAGAUAAUGCUUCCGGGAGCUUUGGGAAAUAUCGUUGGAGGAGUGUUUUUUAGUGUUACUAUUCCCUGGUAUCUUCAUUUGGUGGUCAUUGAACAGGAUAUGAAGAGAUUGAACUUGCCUGCUUACGAGGAGAAAGAUGAGCAGCCUAUGCUUAAUAUGGAUUCUAGAGUGGUUCGUAUACUUCCUACUGGUCAGGUUGAGGUAACCAGUGGGUCCACUGCAGUCACCGUGGAAGAGAAGCAGGACGAUGGAGGUGGAAGACAGUUAUAUCAACCAGAAACCGUGGGAACAGUAGGAACAGUAGACACCGUAGGCACCUUAGAAACCACAGGAACCGCUGGAACCACAGGAACCGCAGGAACUAUAAGUUCAUUAGCCACGAGGUCCACUGUUUCUAGAUUACGAUAUCGUCGAAAGAUCAGAUCUCCCAAAGGAGUAUUUCCCGUGGUUGAUAUGGGACCUCCAUUAAGGAAGGAAAAAACCAUAGCAUCUGCGUAUACCGGAGCGGGUACCACUUCAGGAACGGAUGUAACUAUUGAAGAAGAAGCCGAAGAUGAAGCCGAAGAAUCAGACGAAGAUAAAGAUGCAUUUAUUGAAGAAAACCCUUACGAUGCCGAAAAUGAUAAGAUGAGUACCAAUUUAAUGAGGGCCAUUACCAGAGCAAAGACUAGAGCUCAGAGGGAUUUAGAGAGUGUCGUUGAGGGAGAUACGGAGGAAUCGGCAUUACAGAGACUCAAGAUGAAAUUCCAACAAGCCAACGGAAAGAGACGGCAUUUUUCGUUUAGUUUUAGAAGUGACCAGAACUCGAUGGACCUUCCUGGACGGUUGGCCCGUGCCAGGAUUCCAUCAGUUGCAGCCAGACAUGCCGAUCAUACUGCAGGAAUCCAUCAGGACUCGGUGGAUGCAAAAGUCCAUAGUAUGAUUGCAUCGAGAAGAAUGGAUUCCAACAAUACGUCAUCGUCCUACAAUAAUAGCAGUAGUGUUCGUACGCUUACUCCUGCUAUGUACGGGUCACCUUCGCAUAGCUACAUUUCCAGGAAGAAGUUGUCUCGACAGAUAGGCAGGGUAGAUAGAGAGGAGCCACGGGGUCUACGGGACUCAGAGAAGGCCGAGAAGUCAGAGGAGCCAGAGAAGCCAGCGGAGGCAGAGGAGGCAGAGGAGGCAGAAGAGGCAGAGGAGUUAGGAGGCUCACCGGGGUCAGAGGAGCCACCGGGGCCAGGAGGCUCACCUAACAGACGACCAAGCGGAGACUCGUUUGCAUAUUCAGAAAACCCGAUCUCGAUUUUCUCGGACUCCUCAUUUGAAGGUUAUAGAUCAAAUGAGAGGGAGAAAACGGAUGAUAUAUAG